CGAUGUAUACACCUAUAUGUGUACAUGUAGGAUGAGCAGUUAUAAUGACAGCUAUAACCAUCAGACAGUCAGAUGAGAGAAAAAGUGAUUUUGAAUACGCAGUGUUGAGUAUGGAAUGUAUGAAUAGACAGACCUACGGUUAAUAUAAACAAUAACUUUUAUCAAUAUCUUGAAUCAAACUUUCCUCAAUAUAUUAUACCGAUAUAGGAUUAGCCGCGCAUUAUCGAGAAGUAUCAGCCUCUAGGAUAACCUUCAACCGCAUUUCGGCGUAUCGGCUAUCCAGCUGUUUAAAUUCGACACGCGCUUAGCGAAAAAAAAAGAAAAUAUUACCUUUUAUUCAAAAAGUCGUCACGGUGUCAUACAUCAAACAAUGUAAGCACUGCUUUCUUGACAUAACUAGCAAAAACGCGUAUAUAAUGGAGCCACAAGAACAGUCGUCAGAUUAAUACGAAUUCCACCGUUCAUCUGGCACGACUAAUUUACAAGAUGCGCGCAAUCGCCAUAGUCCUGGCAGCUCUGCUGGCCAUGGCCACAGCCUCGAGCGACAAAAAGGUCGUCUGCUACUUCGGCAGCUGGGCGGUCUACCGACCAGGAAACGGUCAGAUCGACAUCUCCGACAUCGAUCCUACCCUCUGUACCCACUUGAUCUACUCCUUCGUCGGUCUCGGCGAAGACGGCAGUGUCAAUAACCUCGACGCCUGGAACGACCUUCCCAGUGGCAAGGACAGCUUCGGCCGCUUCAAUGCUCUGCGUCAAAACAGUCCAGACACCAAGACCAUGGUUGCCAUCGGUGGUUGGAAGGAGGGCUCUGCCAAAUACUCUAGGGUCGCCGCUAACCCCAACCUCCGCAAGAGGUUCGUCGAGAAUGUCGUGGCUUUCGUCAAGAAGUACAACUUCGACGGAUUCGACGUCGACUGGGAAUACCCAGCCCAGAGGGAUGGAUCACCAGCUGACAAGCAGAACUACGUUCAGCUGCUCAAGGAGCUCAGACAGAGGUUCGACCAGGAAGGUCUGAUCCUCAGUGCUGCCGUUGGUGCUGCUGAAGGCUCCGCCAGUCAGUCUUAUGACAUCGCUGGAAUUUCCAAGCACCUGGACUUCAUUAACCUCAUGGCCUACGACCUCCACGGUUCCUGGGACCACAAGACCGGCAUCAAUGCUCCGACCUACGGCAGCGACACGCUUAACAUCCAAGCUGUGAUCAACUACUGGCUGCAGCAAGGCGCCCCGUCAGAGAAGCUCGUUCUGGGUGUUCCAUUUUACGGUCGCGGCUUCACUCUGGCCAACUCUCAUAUGAACGGAAUUGGCGCCCCCACCAAUGGCCCAUCCCGUGCUGGACCCUACACCCAGGAGCCCGGUAUGCUGGGCUACAACGAGAUCUGCGAGAAGUUCCUCAACGAGAACUGGCACGUCGAGUACGACCAGGAGCAGCAAGUGCCCUACGCCGUCAGCGAGAACCAGUGGGUCGGCUACGACGACGAACGCUCCCUGACCGAGAAAGCUGGUCUGGUGAACAAGCUCAACCUCGGCGGUAUGAUGGCCUGGUCCAUCGAGACCGACGACUUCAAGGGUGUCUGCGGUGAGAAGUUCCCUCUCCUCAAAACCAUCAACUACGCUCUUCGUAACGGUGUCGUCUCCUCGCCCAAGCAAGCCCUGAAACAACAACAGGAACCACAGGAACCUACUUACCAGGAACCCGAGCAGCCCAGCUACCAGGAGCCCAGCUACCAGGAGCCCAGCUACCAGGAGCCCAGCUACCAGGAGCCAAGCUACCAGGAGCCCAGAUACCAGGAGCCUGAGCAGCCAGCCCAGCAGCCGAACCCCACCGGUGUCUGCAAGACCGAGGGAUACGCCCGCGAUCCUCAGCAGUGCAACGUCUUCUACUACUGCCAGGCCUUCAAUGGCGAGUUCAUCACCAGCCAGUUCGUCUGCCCCGGACAGCUGGUCUUCGACCUCAAGACCAACGUCUGCAACUACAAGAAGUUCGUUUCCUGCUUCUAGGAUUGAGGAUAAUGAAUAAUUUUCAUUUCAAUGACAUAUGAUAAUUAAUUGAUUAAUUUUUGUUUUUAAUAAAGUACUUUUAUAUUUAACAAAA